GCAGGUAGAUUUUAACUUUCUUCAAAAAAAAAAUCAUUUUGUAACAUGAAGAUGAAUUUUCCAAAGAAAUAAAUUUGAUAACAAAAUGUCAAAAUCUGAGUGCCUCAAAACGCAAACGCUUUUAUUUAGCUCAACCCCACCGGUUCAGAUGUUCAUGAAUGAAUGAAGAGGUUGCACCCGAGCUCACCCAUCACGUUGCUUGGGCUCAAAGCAUCCCAUUGCUUAGCAAUCAAGUUAGCCUCCAUUGCAGACCUUUACACUGCCAACAACAUCAUAACAGCAUACUCAAAAUGCUCAGAACUAACGCUUGCUCACCAGUUGUUCGACGAAAUGCCCCAUAGAGACACCGUGUCGUGGAAUGUCAUGGUUUCCGGUUAUGUAAAUGCAGGUUACCUGGAAACUGCGUGGAAACUCCUCGGUGCCAUGAGAAGCUCUGGACUCGCACUCAACAACCACACGUUCGGAAGUACUCUCAAAGGGGUUGGCCGAGGUUGCCGCAUCGAGCUCGGGCAACAGCUGCAUUCUGUAAUGCUCAAGAUGGGGUUCACUGAGAAUGUGUUUUCCGGCAGUGCCCUUCUUGACAUGUAUGCCAAGUGUGGGAGAGUUGCUGAUGCCUUUGCCGUGCUCAGGUCCAUGCCGGAACGCAAUUAUGUGUCGUGGAACGCGCUCAUUGCUGGUUAUUCGCAGGUUGGUGACCGUGACAUGGCGUUUUGGAUGCUGAGGUGUAUGGAGUUGGAGGGUGUUGGGAUUGAUGAUGGCACGGUGUCUCCCCUUUUGACAUUGCUUGAUGAUGUUGAGUUUUGCAGGUUGGCAAUGCAGCUGCAUUGUAAGAUAGUGAAGCAUGGAUUGGAGUCCUUUAACACUGUCUGCAAUGCCACCAUCACGGCUUAUUCAGAAUGCUGUUCUCUGCAAGAUGCUGAGAGAGUAUUUGAUGGUGCUGUUGCUUAUCGUGACCUGGUUACUUGGAAUUCUAUGCUUGGUGCUUACUUGUUGCAUGAGAAAGAAGAUCUUGCUUUUAAAGUUUUUAUUGAUAUGCAGCAUUUUCUGUUUGAGCCUGAUGCUUAUACUUACACUGGGAUCGCCAGUGCUUGUUCAGCACAAAAGCAUAAAAGCCUUGGAAAAUCUUUACAUGGGUUGGUGAUAAAAAGGGGGUUUGAAGAUUCUGUGCCGGUUUCAAACGCUUUGAUUGCUAUGUAUCUCAGAUUUGAUAAUAGGUGCAUGGAAGAUGCAUUAAGAAUCUUCUUUUCCAUGGAUGUGAAAGAUUGUUGUACUUGGAACUCUGUUUUAGCAGGGUAUGCACAAGUUGGUUUGAGUGAAGAUGCUUUGAAUUUAUUCGUACAGAUGAGAUCUUUGGUCAUAGAAAUUGACCACUAUACCUUUUCAGGUGUGAUCAGAUCAUGUUCAGAUUUGGCAACACUUCAGCUAGGUCAACAAGUUCAUGUCUUAUCACUUAAGGUAGGCUUUGAUACCAAUAAAUAUGUUGGCAGUGCAUUGAUCUUCAUGUAUUCUAAAUGUGGUAUCUUAGAAGAUGCUAGGAAAUCUUUUGAAGCAACUUCCAAAGACAAUGCAAUUCUUUGGAACUCAAUCAUCUUUGGGUAUGCACAACAUGGACAAGGAAACAUUGCACUAGACCUCUUUUACUUAAUGAGAGAGAAAAAGGUGAAACCCGAUCAUAUAACUUUUGUUGCAGUUCUUACUGCUUGUAGUCAUAAUGGGCUAGUAGAAGAAGGAAGCUACUUUAUGCAGUGUAUGGAGUCUGAUUAUGGUAUUGCACCACGAAUGGAGCACUAUGCUUGUGCAAUCGAUCUCUAUGGUCGGGCUGGGUGUCUAGAGAAGGCAAAAGCUUUGGUUGAAACAAUGCCUUUUGAACCUGAUGGAAUGGUUUUGAAGACAUUAUUAGGUGCCUGCAGAAGUUGUGGUGAUAUCGAGUUAGCUAGUCAAGUAGCAAAAUCUUUGCUAGAGCUAGAGCCUGAGGAGCACUGCACAUAUGUUCUGCUCUCAGAUAUGUACGGGCGUCUGAAGAUGUGGGAUCAAAAGGCUAGUAUAACGAGGCUGAUGCGAGAAAGGGGAGUGAAAAAAGUUCCUGGUUGGAGUUGGAUAGAAGUGAAAAAUAAAGUGCAUGCUUUCAAUGCUGAAGAUCACUCCCACCCACAGUGCGACGAGAUAUACAUACUGCUACAACAAUUAAAGGAGGGAACUAAGCUGUUUGAUGAUUUUGUCAAUCAAACGUUGCUACUACAAUGUUCAGAUAAUAUAGAUGAUUAUGAUGAUCAGAAGCUCUUAUAAUUCUUGUAUAGCUGCAAUGAGUACAUAGAAGAAGACAGGUACCAUAUGACUAGAGUCAGCAACUUCAGUCUUCAGUUAAGGAAAAUUAACAUAAAGUCCCUGUGCUUAUUCAGGGAGACAAAGCCAUUGCAGAGUCUUGAAUGGUAUUGCCAUUUGGUUUCCUAAGUCGUUCUGUAACACAUAUUUGACCAAUUGUCUAAAUAUGAGAUCAAGACCACAACUGCAAUCCAUGUAGCACUAGAAGAUGAAGGAAGUAAUUGGGAACAAGAAGUUCCUUGGGAUGGGACUUGGGAGUAACAUUACUGAACUAGUGGACAUAUAGUGGGUUUGUAUUUGUGCCGUACAACCUUCACACACAGGUAAAUUUCGAAGCUACAGUAUGAAGAUUUUGAUAAAACGGAGUCUAUCACGACGCCUCCACAAACAGGCGCAUAGCAUAUGAAUGACUUGGCAGGGAUGGAAGGCUUGGAGUGAAUUGUGCAAUAGAACUGAUUGAGUCAAACAAUUCUCCUUGGUUGAAUGCUUCAAUUUAGAAUGGUAAACAAGUUCUGUCGAUCAAAGAAAACCUUCCGGGUCAUAAAAAAAAAUGUUGAUCCAUCUUGAAAAGGGAAGGCAGAGAAUCAUCUCAGGAUAAAUGAGUUAUAAAAGCUUCUUGUCUCUUCGCAUUGGAACCAUGUGGGGAAAUUGAAAUCGGAUCGUAUAAAAUGAAGUCCAUUCCAAUGUACUAGUAUAUAGGUUUAGAACCAGUUUGGUUCUUAUGAUUCCCUCUUUCCGAGGCAGUUCAAUCGAAAAGUUAAGCUCAAUCCAUGUCUCUUGCCAAGUUUUUCAAACUUUGGUUUAUGAUAUUGGAACUGUGUACCAAAUAGACUGUUUGAGUUUAUAACCAAAAACAUAUUCACACAUUGAAACCUCUGAUUGCAUAUUCCCAUAGUGCAAGACUUUAAGCCAAAUUACUUUAUUAUUCUAUUUAGUUGCCUACCCUCAAACCAUUCACUGCCUUAAGCCCUACAAUUUCUUUGCUAAGCGUUGUAGGGAUCUUUUCUGCCACGCGAUAUCCUAGAAAGCAGAGAGCCUCCAAAUUCUCAUAUCGUGAAAGGCUACAAUG